CUCAAACUUUCGGGGGCGCUGCUUUUCGGCGCUGUAGCUUGAUUAUAUCUGUGGCCUUUUCUUACCGCGUUUGUUGUGAAAGAUGUUGAAUCCCAGCACCAUGGAGGUAGUAACGGAUAAAGACCUGAAUCAAGAAGCCAACCUAACCAAGAGGCGGUACACGGAGCUGAGCAGGCAGGGACGGAUCUUCGACGCCAGGAACAGGAUCAUUGGGGGAGACGCACAUGCCUGGGAUAUUCAAGUUCAUGACCAGAUGAUAAGAAAAGAAACUGAAAAAGCUAGGCAUGAAACCUUUGCUGCUGAAAUGAGGUACAAUGACAAAAUCAUGUGCCUACUCCGGGACCGGGAACAGAGAAACAGGAGGCAACUCUGUAAAGCUCUCAAUGAGUUCCAGAAGCACUCUCAGAAGCCAGAAACUCGCCGUGAAUUUGAUCUGUGUGACCUCGGGUCCCUUAGAUCCCGGAUGUCAGACAGUGGCAAGCAGAAUAACGUAUCAGGAAUGCAGAAGUUCAUGGGAGAGGAUUUAAACAUCCAACAGAGGAAGAGAUUCCAAAUGGAGCAGAACAGAGAAUGGUACCUGCAGCAGCAAAGAGCAUGGGAGAAAGCCCGGGCCAACCACAAACUUGCAGAAGACCUCCACAAUCAGACAAGAUUAAAAUUUGAUGAAGCAGCCCAAGAGUUGCAGAAGUUGGAAUGUGCCACCAAGAAGAAAGUCUGUGCAGCCACGAAAGAGUUCAACAAGCAGCAGGCUAUAGAGAUGGCAGAAAGGAAGAAGAAAGAGAAACAAAAAGAGCAAGAAGACAACCUAGCUGAGAUCAACAACCUGCUCCAUUCGGAACUGCUGUUGGAGGACCAACAGCAGACUCGCUCCGGAUCGCAUGUGGUCCCUUCCCACUGGAAGGGCAUGAGCCGGGAGCAGCUGGAGGAGAUCCGCUACGUACAGAAGCAACAGAUCCAGGAGAAGCUGAGACUUCAGGAGGAAGAGCGUCAGCGCAUCAUGGACUGGGACCGACGCAGGAUCCAGAAGGCUCGCAUCAGCCUGCUGCAAGAGAGGCAGCAGCAGCACUUUGAGCGGGAGAUGCGCAGGGCGCUGGACUGCAGCAACUUCCGCCUGGCCAGGGAGCAGUACUUACAGAAAAAAGAAAUGGAUGCAGCCUCCUCAAGCCAACCCACAGAAGAGUAUUACUCACAGUUUAAUACAGGAGGCCGCUAA